AUGGAUUCUCUCGUGGCAGCCAACAACAAAUUUUGCUUUGAUCUUUUCCAGGAGAUAAGCAAAGAUGAUCCUUAUAAAAACAUUUUCUUCUGUCCUCUGAGCCUCUCGGCUGCCCUUGGCAUGGUCCGCCUGGGGGCCAGAAGCAACAGUGCACAACAGAUCGACCAGGUACUACACUUCAAUGAAUUUUCCCAGAAUGAACGAAAAGAACCUGAUCCCUGUCUGAAAAGCAAAAAACAAGAAGCCGAGUCUUCCAGUGAUGAGAGUGGACGGCUCAGUUGCUGCUUCGGGCAGCUUCUCUCCAAGAUAGACAGGAUCAGAGUUGAUUACACCCUAAGUGUUGCCAACAGGCUUUAUGGAGAGCAGGAAUUCCCCAUCUGUCCGGACUACUUAGAUGGUGUGAUUCAAUUUUAUCACACAACCAUUGAAAGUGUUGAUUUCCGGAAGGACACCGAAAAGUCCAGACAACAGAUUAACUUUUGGGUUGAAUCUCAGUCCCAAGGUAAAAUCAAGGAACUCUUCAACGAGGAAGCUAUUGACAGUGCAACUGUACUGGUGCUGGUGAAUGCUGUUUACUUCACAGCCAAAUGGGAAACAUAUUUUGACUCUAAAAACACAGUUGAUGCGCUUUUCUCUCUAAAUGAGAAUGAAAAGAAGACUGUGAAGAUGAUGAACCAAAAGGGCCUAUUUCGAAUUGGCUUCAUAGAGGAGCUGAAGACACAGAUCCUUGAAAUGAGGUAUAUUAAGGGGGCGCUCAGCAUGUUCGUCCUGCUGCCUCCUUGCUCUGCAGAUAACGUGAAGGGCCUGGAAGAGCUUGAAAGGAAUAUCACUCAUGAAAAAAUAGUGGCCUGGAGCAGCUCAGAGAAUAUGUCAGAAGAAACAGUAGCUGUCUCCUUUCCGCAGUUCACACUGGAAGACAGCUACGAUCUCAAUUCUAUUCUACAGGACAUGGGCAUCACGGAUAUCUUUGAGGAAGGGAAGGCUGAUCUUACUGGAAUUUCUCCGAGUCCCAAUUUGCACCUGUCAAAAGUUGUCCAUAAAACCUUUGUGGAAGUGGAUGAAAAUGGCACCCAGGCAGUUGCCGCCAGUGGGGCCGUUGGCAUGGGAAUGUCCAUACCUUCCUGGGUGACGUUUACUGCUGAUCACCCUUUUCUCUUUUUCAUCAGACACAACAAAACCCAAACCAUUCUCUUCUAUGGCAGGGUCUGCUGUCCUUGA